GGACUGGGGGGUCCCGCCGCGCCUCGAUGGCUCUGGUCACGGUGCAGCGCUCGCCUACCCCCAGCGCCACCUCCAGCCCCUGCGCCUCGGAGGCAGACAGUGGGGAAGAAGAAUGCAGGUCCCAGCCCAGAAGCAUCAGCGAAAGCUUCCUCACUGUGAAAGGUGCAGCUCUGUUCCUGCCGCGGGGAAAUGGCUCCUCUGCUCCCAGGAUCAGCCACAGGCGCAACAAGCACGCAGGGGAUCUCCAGCAACACCUGCAGGCCAUGUUCAUACUGCUCCGCCCAGAAGACAACAUCAGGCUGGCUGUAAGACUGGAAAGUACCUACCAGAACCGCACUAGAUACAUGGUGGUGGUGUCCACCAACGGCAGACAAGACACAGAAGAGAGCAUUGUCCUAGGAAUGGAUUUCUCUUCCAAUGACAGUAGCACUUGUACAAUGGGCCUGGUGCUGCCUCUGUGGAGUGACACCUUGAUCCACCUGGAUGGGGAUGGCGGGUUCAGCGUAUCGACAGAUAACAGGGUGCAUAUAUUCAAGCCAGUGUCUGUGCAGGCAAUGUGGUCUGCUCUGCAGAGUUUACAUAAGGCUUGUGAGGUGGCACGGGUCAACAACUACUACCCAGGGAGCCUCUUCCUCACGUGGGUCAGUUACUAUGAGAGCCAUAUCAACUCGGACCAGUCGUCAGUCAACGAGUGGAACGCCAUGCAGGAUGUCCAGUCCCACCGGCCCGACUCACCCGCCCUCUUCACAGAUGUCCCAACUGAGCGGGAGCGCACAGAACGGCUGAUUAAGACUAAGUUAAGGGAGAUCAUGAUGCAGAAGGAUUUGGAGAACAUCACAUCAAAAGAGAUCCGCACGGAGCUGGAGAUGCAGAUGGUGUGUAACCUGCGGGAGUUCAAAGAGUUCAUUGACAAUGAGAUGAUAGUGAUCCUUGGGCAGAUGGACAGCCCCACCCAGAUAUUUGAUCAUGUCUUUUUGGGAUCAGAAUGGAACGCCUCCAAUUUGGAAGACUUGCAGAACAGAGGGGUGCGGUACAUUUUGAAUGUGACUCGAGAAAUAGAUAACUUCUUCCCUGGGCUCUUUGAGUACCACAACAUCCGGGUAUAUGAUGAAGAAGCAACAGAUCUUCUGGCUUACUGGAAUGACACCUACAAAUUCAUCUCCAAGGCAAAGAAAAACGGUUCUAAGUGCCUGGUGCACUGCAAGAUGGGAGUGAGCCGCUCAGCAUCCACUGUGAUUGCCUAUGCCAUGAAGGAGUAUGGCUGGAACCUGGACAGGGCUUAUGACUACGUGAAGGAGCGGCGCACGGUCACCAAGCCCAACCCCAGCUUUAUGCGGCAGCUGGAGGAAUACCAGGGGAUCCUGCUGGCCAGCAAACAGCGCCAUAACAAACUGUGGCGCUCCCACUCCGACAGCGACCUCUCGGACCACCACGAGCCCAUCUGCAAGUCUGGGCUGGAGCUGAACAAAAAGGAGAUCACCACCUCAGCUGACCAGAUCUCGGAGGCAAAGACCAAUGACAACCAGCAGCCCAUGUCUCCCAUCUACUCAGCUGAGCUAGACAGGGAGCAGCAGCUCCCGGAGGAUGCCAACGUGAUCGAGGAGAUGUGUGUGAAGGAGAGAAGGAUCCACCUAGAGUUUACAUGUCGAGACUUCCACGCUGAGCAGAUGGAGGACAAGCUGAACCUCAACAAUAUCAAUGGCUGUACGGCAGGAUGUUGUGUAGACUCUGUCCCCCCUGAUAACUGCCAUUCUUCUGAGGCCUUAAUGCAACUCCAGCACCCCUUGGAAAUAACAGAAUUUCCAGAUUUGACAGUGGAUGAUCUAGAAAAAGAUGCCCUUAAGCCUGAUAUGAACGUGCACUUGGUUCCCAUGGAAGAAUUCACUUCAUGCUUAAAAGACUUUUCCCAAUCCCCAAACCAAAAUUCCCCAAGUCUCCAACAGAAUCCCCAGCAGAAAGUGACAGACCUCAGUACAGACAGGAUUGAUUUCUUCAGUGCUUUGGAGAAAUUUGUGGAGCUUUCCCAGGAGGGCCGGUCACGCACCUGCUCCCAUUCCAGGACAGAGGAGCAAGGGAGUGGAAGGAAUGGGGUCUCCAGGGUGCCUGUGCUGGAGGUGCCACCUGCUGCAGAUGGGGCUGCAAAUGCUCGAAGGAACAGCUCUGGAAACUCCCCUCAGGCAUCAGAUGACUCCUCCACAGAUGAAGAACAACAAAAGGAGGUCCCCGAGCUGCCUGGCACAGGCCAUCUCACGAGAUCCCACUCGGAAAAUGCCAUUUCUGUGAAGGAAAUUAUCACAGAGAUUGAGUCAAUCAACCAGGGAGUGGGACCUGCCCAGCAGAAAGAGGGUUCAGCCAACCUCACCCAGACACCAAAGAGGAACACGGUGCAUGACCUGCCAGUGGAGGCGAUUUGGGCAUCGGAAAGGGUGGAACAGAGUGAAGGAGCCUGUGCUGGACACCAGGAGAAGGAACCUCUGCAAGCUGAGCAAGAAACUGUCCCCUCCAUGCAGCCAUCUUCUGGUAAAUCAGACCUGGAGGAAAGCAGCCCUGGGGGGGAGCAGGAAGAGUCUCAUGGCUCCAUCAACCCUGAGCCCAAGUGGUGCCCUGGCUCUGUCCGAAGAGCCACCCUGGAGUUUGAGGAGCGCCUGAGGCAGGAGCAGGAGCACCAGCACGUGUCCCCAGCCAGCAUCUUACCCACCCGCAAGAACUCCAGGAACGACUCUCCUGCUGCUGAGCUCCUGCCACGGGGGAAGAGCGAGGAGCUGCCCCUGGAGCUGGCUCCAGAGGCUGAGAAGGUGCAGGGUCCAGGCUCUGAGGAGCUGCUGCUGCCUCUCGGGGCAGAGCUGCCUGCAGGCAGAGACCUGCCUGCACCCCUCAUCUCCCCUGCACAGGAGCCCCUGCCUGCAGAGCCCAGCGUGGGGCAGGAGGGAGCAGCACAAGAGCACAGGACAGUGGUCUCAUUUGAUGGGACAGAGGAGCCAUCCCUGCCCUCCCUGCUCCCAAAGAGAAUUGAAAUCAUCGAAUACACUCCCACAGUCAAGUUGGCAGAAAGCUCCGAGGCCAGCUGUGAGCAGGGCAGGCUGGCUGUGGUUGUCCCACCUCUAGAUGAAAACUUGAACCCUUCCUUGUGCUCCGAGAAGGCACCACCCUGUCCCAGAGCUCUGGUCAGUCUCUCGCUGCCGGAACACGCGGUACACAAGCAGGACACCCUCGCUGUGGGCAGCUCCAGUGAGGAGGGUGCUGGGUUAUCUACUCACCUUGGUGCUGCUUCCCCCUCUGCCCAGGUAACCUCCAUUCCUUCAGCCAGCUCCUCUCACCCCCACGUAAUUCACCUGGAAGGUGUCACUGAGCACAGCACGAGUACAGACAAUGAGCUGGUCACGCCGUGUGGCACUGGGGGAGACAUGACUCUCCUGCUCAGGGACAGCCCCAGGCCUCUCUGUGGGAGGGUUGCUGGCACCUCAAGGCGGCUGAGCAGCGAGGACCUCACCAGCCAACACACUGAACACAUGGACCUUCUGGACAUCUCUUUCCUGUGUUACAGCCUCCCCCACAGCUCCAGCAGCCACAGUGUGGAGGAGCACAGCAACAGCCCCGGGCUGGUCAGGCAGCGAGCGAAGGAAAUAGAGGCUCGGAUCCGGCACGCGGGGCUCACCCCACCCUCCCACAUGAAACGCUCGGCAUCCUUGGCCAAACUGGACUGCCUGGACCUCUCCAAGGAUGACUUAUCCGAGAGGGAGUUGGUCUCUUCCGAUGCCAACCCGGUGCUUCUCACCUGUGUUGCCCUCAGUCGAGGCUUUGGUGGGGGGAGGUUGGAGAGGGGCUCGGGAAGUGUGUGUGGGAAGCAUCACCUUUCCUCCCCGGAGCCCACCAGGCAUUUUGUGGAGCAGCUCAGAACAGCCGAGUGCAUUGCCCAGAGCAAGCCAGUGGAGAGGCCGCUCGCUCAGUACGCCAAAGAGUGCAGCUCCAGCCAGCAGAGCCUGCUUUCCAACCCAGACCUGACCUGGACUAUCUCCGAGGAGGGUCCUCCACUGCUCCAGGUGCAGGUCCUGGACUCCUUGUCCCCAGGUCUGGCUGUCACACCCCGGCAGCAGCACGGGAGAACUCACCCUCUGAGGAGGCUCAAAAAGACCAAUGAUAAAAAGCGGACAACCAAUCCCCUCUACAACACGAUGUGAUCCUGAGCCCUUGGCUGUGAUUCCUUACCCAGAACCCGUCGUGUUGCGUUCACCCAAGGGGCAGGUGUAAUAUAAGGAACAUGCACUUUAUUGGUUAAUUUUAUAUAUAUAUUGUCAUUUUACUGUUCCUGGCGCAUGUAGGUGUGGGUUGGUUCUUCUGUGUGUGACUCUGACUGCAGGACUGUUUGGGGUUUUUUUUAAGUUGUUGGUUUUUUGUUUGUUUUUUUUUUUUUAACUCAGAUAACCUCAGAUGUUCUUUUUUGUUGUUAGUUUGUUUUAAAAGAACACCCUCAUCGUGCGAAAAUUGCCGUGGGCUUGCUGCAGCAAGGUGGGGUUUUGCUUAGAACCAGAUCCUAGUUCCUGACUUGAAUUUUCCCCAUGCCUCAAAAUGGUGCUGGGCAGUUUUUGGGGUGUGAGAGCCCCCCUAAAUGUGAAGGCUGUGCCAAGGGCCCUGUGUUUGGCCUUUCUUUUAUUUCUGCAAACUGGAACUCCACGAUGCUGGUAGAUCACUCAGAAAGCUGCUUCAGGACAAACCCCCCCCGGGCUCGGUUUGGCUGGUGCAUCCCCAAAAGGAGCACACAGGUAGAUCCUCCCAACAGAUGGGCUCUGCAGACCCCAAGCAGAGGUGGGUCAUGCAUAGCCCCCCAUUUUAUGUGGAGGUGAAGCAGAGCUCCUCCCCGAGCUGCCAAGCUCACCUCUCCACAGCUGCCUCAGACCAGCGGGUGAGAGGAGGAGACCCCCCAAACCCAGAGUGUUCUUUUAAAACAAACACCUCAUUAGGGUUUUAACCCUCCCAUUACUUGAAUACUGCUGUGGGCCUUCCAAGUUCAUGGCCAUAUCAUCUGUCCUUUGCCCUCCUGCUGCCUCUCUGCCCAAAAGCUGUUCUUGUCUCGUGCUCCCUGAGUUUUCUCUCCCCUCUGCCCUGCUCAUGGGCACUUCUGGUCACUCCCACACCCAGAGGCUGUUGUACUUGUUACACGAGGUAUUGCCCCUACAGAAUGCAAAGCUGUGUCCUCUCUGCUGUCACUCCUCACGCUCGACCCAGAGGGAAGAUCUCUUCUGAAAGUUGUUUUUUUUCUUUCGUGUUUUGCCUAAAUUGUAUAUAUGGUAUUUAUAUAGAUCUUUUUGUUGUUGUUUCUAUGUUGUUGGUUUUUUAAAAAAGGGCAAGACUGCAUUCUGUAAACUGGAAAACAGAACCACCUUACUCAAACUCAGUGCUGUUCAUUGUAAUCUGCACAAAAAUGGGAGUGGAUUUGACAUCAUGAGCUGUCUUCCCUUUCCCAAAGUGAGCCUCUUUGCCAGCCUUUGCCAAAUAUGUCCCUUCUCCUCCAGUUCUGCCUGAAGCCCCAUUGCCCCACAGUGAGAGGAGGACCUUGCAUCUCCCUGUCCCCUUCCUGCCUGAAGCUGGGUUUCAGAAGUGCCAGCUGGAUGUGGAAAGCUAUCGGCUGCUCUGAGCCAUUCUGCAGGUUCUUGCUUCCCUGGAGAACCUACUUUUGAAGGAUCUGCUCCAAACGUCAGCAAAUUAUUUUCCUGUUUUCCAUGUGGUUUGGCUAAAUCAAAGCUUCUCGUUUCCAGCCGUGCAUAUCAGCAAACUGGGUGUGUGCUGUAGGAGCAGAGAGAAAGGGACUUGGCCAUGGCAGGAGAGCUCUGGGUCCUGUCUGCAGUCCCGUGGCAGGUCUGUGGCAGAAGAACGUGUCUGAGCUGGUGCUUGUCUCUGGCCCAGACCUGCCCUCCGGGGAGGAGCGAAGCAGAGACAAGAUGCAGAAUGGCUCCAGCUGCUGAAAGCCCAGCACAUGGAGGAUGUGGUGUGGGAGAAGCAGCAGGCAAGGCCGUGCCUAGAAAGCAACACUGGUGCUGGAGAGCCUCGUGGGCUUCAAUGGGACAAGCUCAUCUUCAGCUGGAGAGGAGUGCAGGAGACGUGAGUGCUGUGGGGUAUUGGGAAGCAGCAUGGGUCUGCCCUGGGGAAGGGGUGUCUGUACCACCCAGCUUGCCCAUAGCAGAGGAUAGCCUAGCAGUUAGCAAGGUAAUCCCAUCUCACUGCCCCCCUGUAGCUCCCAGGGAUCCUUCUGUGUUGAGGAGCCCAGGCUUGGGGCCAUCAAUGUGUCUGUCCUUCUCCAGCAGCAUGCACUUGGUCCCUCCCCUUCCGAGGAGCUGGAGCCCUGCUGGAGAUUUGUCACCCAUGCUGGCUGUGGGCUGGAGCCCAGCCUGAAGUAGCCCAGUAGGGCCUUGUCUUGGGUCAAAUAGCACAUCAUUCCAGGCCCUUUCAGUCACGAAGUCAUCAUCCAAGUCCCUGGCCCAGGAGGCCAGAUACUUCUUUGGGACACUGGAAGACAUUUGGCUUCUCCUAGCCCUUUCCAGCUGGCUUCAGGGCUGGGCAGGCAGUGUGGAAAGGCCAAGUGGCUCAUGUCAUCUUCUGAAGGACAAUUUCAGUCCUCGCCUCCCCCACAAGUUUCUCCAGGCCCCACUGCCCCACCAUUCCUGACCCCAGGACAUGUCUGCCUGCCCCUCUGCGGGCAGAAGGGACGGGCUGCCACCAGGCCUGCCCUGCAUGGGAGGGAGCAGGCUUGGCUGGCAAUGUGUCCUGGUGACUAGGAUAUGUUUGGGAGGGGAAAGCCCUGAUUAUAAUUUGUUCCCUUGAGAAGGGAGAGGAAGGAGAUCAGGUUUCUUUGCCUAGCUUCAUCUCAGGAGAAAUGCCCUGUAGGAAGACUUUUCCAUGCAGACCAGAAAUGCUGCUUCUUUCCAAUGCUCUGCUGCUCUCCAGGUGCUGCAGCUGGGGAGAGCAGUGAAGGGGCACAUGCCCUUGCAGGGUGGUGCUUUGCUGUCCCCUUGUCCUCGGCUCUGGCCUGACACAACUGUGUUUUUCUCUGGGAAGCCUGUGGACAGAUGGAGGGAGUUGGGGAGGAUGGUUUUCUUGCGGAGUUAUGAAGGCCUUGGAGGGCUGGAGGCUCUGACCUGGAUGGCAGAAGGGGGAAUGAGCUGGAGGGGCAUGUUGUGUGCAGCUCUCCAGGGUCCUCCUCGGCCAGUGCCUGGGUAAUGAAGCCACCAAGUCCCUGGUGUCAGAGUGCUCUGGCUGGGGACUCUUGUCCCCUUUCCAUACUGGUGGCUCAGGGCUUGGUGGUGCUUUGCUCCUGGUCCCGGUGGCCGCCCCAUGAGAGCUUCUUGUGACCCACCAAGCUCAGCAGGAAGCAGCAGCUCCAGGGUGCUCAGCAGCUGACGCACCUUGCUGACAGAGGGGUUUUAGAAGAAACGUGUUGUUUUAAGGGCAUUUUUGUACAAAGGAACUGUUCUUUCUGUCUCUGUCGAAGCCCUCUCAGAGGACGCUUUAUUGUUUACAUUGACUCCUGUACAAUAUCUCAGCCAUCACCCCCCUUGCCCCCAGCCCCAGCUGUACUGUAACAUGUGGGCCUUGCACAAACGGAUAGUGUGUGCGUGAAACUGGUUUUUACACUGCGUUUUGUUGCACUGUGUGUGUGUGUGUGUCUGGUCUGCUUGAGAAGUUGUGACAUGUACAAAUCUCUUCCCCUUUCAGCCCUUUCCUGGGGACACGGUCCCGGUGGCAGGAGGGUCAGGAGGUGAUGCUGUUUAUGGCUCACUUGGAUGUUAAAUGGGGCAGGUAUUAGCUGCAUGUCCCUUUGCCAUCAAAGGCCCGGUGGAAGGUAACCCACCCCAGCUCCAGCUGCUGCUGGGGACCUCCUGGGAGGAGCAAUCUGCUGGGAAUCAGCUGGGGCACAGGGACAGUUCACCUGCCUGGGGGCUCCCAGAGCCCCGCAGCUCUCCCAGCCUGGCAGCAGGAGGAAGCCAUACCUGCCCCAGGUCCCCUGCUCCUGUCACCAUGCGUCCUGCCUUAAUCUGGUCCUAGCUCCACAAACCCCCACACUUCUCCCUAAGAGAGGAGACUCCCCCUGUCCUCCCCGAGCCUUUACUGUCGCAGGGCAGAGGCAGAUGCUGGCCUGGUGCAGGAGGAGUCUGGGCUGGAGGUGCUAACAGCCCGCCCGCGCUGCAGACAUCUCUGUUGGCACAAAAGAAGGUGCCAGUGCCUUUUUAUUUUCCCUUCUGGAGAUGUGAUGUCCAUGUGCUGGUUUGUAGGGAUCGCUGUGGGGCCGGGCAGUCCUGCCACACCAUGUGCUGGAGCAGGAGCCCCAGGGCACUGCUGGUGCUGGGGCUGCAAACCAGGGAGGAAGGCACUUCUGUCUGCCCCUUCUGGAUCUUCCUUGGUGGCUGGGAUCGUCCCCUUUCCCCCUAAAGAUUUUAUGACUGAUGUGCUCAGCUGUUUUUAAAUGUGAACUUGUGCACUGAUGUGCAGAUUCAAUGUUCUUGUUACUGAAUGAAUAAAGUUUUAUUUUGCAGAUGA